GCGGAGGGGUGGGAGGAAGUGGAGCCUCCAGGCAGAAACGAGAAAGUAGCCCGUAGCGGGGCAGGAAAGCAGGAAGCGCCGCUGGGCUGGUGGUUUUGCUCUCCGCGGGCACCGGCGAGGCAGCGUGCCACGUGCGCUUGGGAGAGGCGGGCGCGCGAGGAGCGCUCUGCGCUUGGAAGAAGUCGUGAGCGUAGCGCUGCGCCUCGGUUUCUCGGUCUCCCGCCGCUCUCGGGCCUCAGGGGCGGGGAGGACUGUUGCUGCCUCCGCCUCCGCUGCAGGGGAAGAGGGGAAGAGGAGGUUGCAUCCAGCAGUCUGGGUUCCCCGCCGCAGCUUCCCCCUUCCUGGCAGCCGGCCUCCCUGCCUUAGCUAUUGUUCUCCUGCAGCCACCUUUUAUUAUUAUCAUCAUCAUUAUUAUCAUCACCAUAGCGCGGCAUGCUGCCCAGAUCUUGCCUUCGGGCAGCCUGACGGAGCCGAGGUGUGUUGGCGAAGCUCGGAACUCUCCCCCAUAUCCGGGGCUGCUCUCUGGGAGGAAGAGAGGGAGAGCCCCGCUGUGGGCUGUUGCUGCGGUUGGUGCCACGACUGGAAGAAGAAGAGGAGCGAUGCGGCUGAGCGGCAGAGCGGCGCGCCGGUGACCGCGGGGCUGGAGGGGCUGGGGGCGCCUCUCCGCUCGCCGCAGCGUCCCCACUGACCCCUAGGCUUGGGGACCCGUGCAGAGGGGCUAAGUGCGUGUGCCAGUAGGCUCUAAGAAACCAGGACUACCCCACUAUCACCCCACUGCCCCCCUCUCUCCAAGGCGCUGCGGCAGUCCAGCUAUGUUUCGCAGUCAGAUCAAUCGCUUCUUGGUCCCCAGGCUGGGCGGUUGCUGCAGCAACACUUCUCGAUGCCAAAUGGGAUUUUGAGGACCCUUUAUCCCGGUGAGAGGAUCCUCUCCUCCGCUCGCCCCCGUUCCCCAAAUUCAAGAUCCUCUACAUGGAGCAGAAACCAGCCGCCUCUCAUGUGCAGCCCCAGUGGUCAAAGCAUAUUCAUGUACCGCUUCUCGGGGACGAGAAACGUGUUGGGACACGAACUGUCAUUGUUGGCCACCAUCCGCUUCCCACGCCAGAGGCUUACAUUCCGCAGAAGUUCUGCUCUAACCAAAUAGUCUCUUCCAAGUACACAGUCUGGAAUUUUCUUCCAAAGAAUCUCUUUGAACAGUUCCGAAGAAUUGCCAACUUUUACUUCCUUAUCAUUUUCCUUGUACAGGUCAUAGUGGACACACCAACCAGCCCCGUCACGAGUGGACUUCCUCUAUUCUUUGUUAUUACCAUUACAGCUAUUAAACAGGGCUAUGAGGAUUGGCUGCGGCACAGGGCUGACAAAGAAGUAAACAAAAGCACCGUCCUGGUAAUCGAGAAUGCAAAGCAAGUGAAGAAGGAGUGCGAAGGAAUCAAGGUUGGCGACAUAGUAGAGGUAACGUCAGAUGAAACCUUCCCAUGCGACCUGAUCUUCCUCGCAUCAACUCACAAGGAUGGGUGUUGUCAUGUCACUACAGCUAGUUUGGAUGGAGAAUCAAAUGUCAAGACUCACUACACUGUGCAGGAUACUGCCAAACUCCAUACAUGCCAAGCCAUAAAUUGCCUUGCUGCUAUAAUAGAAUGUGAACAGCCUCAGCCAGACCUCUACAGGUUUGUGGGCCGAAUUACCAUCUACCAGGACGGUCAAGAGCCAGUAGCCAGGCCACUGGGUCCCGAGAACCUGUUGCUGAAGGGAGCGACAUUAAAAAACACCCCUAAGAUCUAUGGAGUCGCAGUCUAUACUGGAAUGGAAACCAAAAUGGCUUUGAACUACCAAGGAAAAUCCCAGAAACGAUCUGCAGUUGAAAAAUCGAUCAACAUGUUCUUGAUUGUUUAUUUAUGCAUUCUUGUGGGCAAGGCUAUAACAUGCACAACUCUGAAGUACAUCUGGCAAAGCGUUCCAUUUCACGAUGAGCCUUGGUACAACCAGAAAACCCAAAAGGACAAAGAAGCCUUCAAGCUCUUAAAAAUGUUCACCGAUUUCCUGUCCUUCAUGGUUCUCUUCAAUUUCAUCAUCCCUGUCUCCAUGUACGUGACAGUUGAGAUGCAGAAAUUCCUGGGCUCCUUCUUCAUUUCAUGGGACAAAGAGAUGUAUGAUGUGAGCUGCAACGAAGGAGCCUUAGUGAACACCUCUGACCUCAAUGAAGAGCUGGGCCAGGUUGAAUAUGUGUUUUCUGAUAAAACGGGGACUUUAACAGAAAACACAAUGGAGUUUAUUGAGUGCAGCAUCGACGGCCACAAGUACGGAGAUUCCAUUACAGAGGUUGAUGGAUUGAAGGGUCAUGGGAAAGCAGAGAAGAACCGCGAAGAGCUGUUCCUUCGUGCUUUGUGUCUCUGCCACACAGUUCAGGUCCAGCAGAAAGACGAAAUGGAUUCACAGGGUUUGCUGACAGGCAGCACAAGCGAGUAUGUUGCCGCAUCCCCAGACGAGAUUGCUUUGCUGCAAGGAGCUCAAAAGUAUGGUUUCACUUUUCUAGGACAAGAAAAUAACUUCAUGAAUGUACAGAACCGAAAAAAGGAAAUCGAAAGGUAUGAAUUGCUGAAUGUUCUGGAUUUUGAUUGUGUCCGUCGCCGAAUGAGUGUUCUCGUGAAAUCGCACAAUGGAAGCAUAUACCUGUUCUGCAAGGGAGCAGACUCUGCAAUUUUCCCCAGGGUCCCAGAAGCUGACGUCCAAAAAACAAGGAUACAUGUAGAACGCAAUGCAUUGGAUGGGUAUCGAACUCUCUGCGUGGCCUACAAAGAACUAUCUCACCAUGAUUACCAAAUAAUUGAUACCCGGGUUAAGGAAGCCACGAUGGCACUACAGGACCGGGAAGCAAAGAUGGCCCAGGUUUUUGACGAUAUUGAGAGGAACAUGCAUUUGAUUGGGUCCACUGCUGUGGAAGACAAGCUCCAGGACUUUGCUGCUGAAACCAUUGAGGCCAUGCACACCGCGGGCAUGAAGAUCUGGGUGCUGACAGGGGACAAGCUGGAGACGGCUCAGGCCACCUGCUAUGCCUGCAAGCUCUUCCAGACCAACACGGAGUUGCUGCACCUGACGGCCAAAGUCAUGGAAGGGGAAGGCCGGAAGGAGGACCGGCUGCACGAGCUGCUCAUGGAUUAUCACAAGAAGCUGGUGAGCGACGUGCCCCCAAGUGCAAAGAGAAGCUGGACACUAAGUCACGAGUAUGGACUGGUUAUUGACGGUGCCACCCUGGCCCUGAUACUGAACCCUUCCCAAGAUUCACGUUCCAGCCACUACAAAAGCAUCUUCCUCCAGAUCUGCCUGAAGUGUACAGCAGUCUUAUGUUGUCGGAUGGCUCCCUUGCAGAAAGCGCAGAUUGUUCGGAUGGUUAAGUGUUCGAAGGGCAGCCCAAUAACCCUGGCGGUGGGAGAUGGGGCCAAUGAUGUCAGCAUGAUCUUGGAAGCUCAUGUGGGCAUAGGUAUCAAAGGUAAAGAGGGCCGCCAAGCAUGCCGGAACAGUGACUAUGCCAUCCCAAAGUUUAAAGACUUGAAAAAAUUGCUGUUGGCUCAUGGGCAUUUGUACUACGUGAGAAUCUCACACCUUGUACAGUAUUUCUUCUACAAGAAUCUUUGCUUCAUUUUCCCACAAUUUUUGUACCAGUUCUUCUGUGGCUUUUCACAACAGCCUCUCUACGAUGCCGCUUACCUUACCAUGUUCAACAUCUGCUUUACAUCUAUGCCAAUCGUGGCCUACAGUCUGCUGGAGCAACACGUCCCUAUUGACACGCUGAUGGCCUUCCCAAAACUAUACCUGAACGUUUCCGACAAUGCCAUGUUGCAGUUGAAACCUUUCUUAUACUGGACCUUCCUGGGCCUUUUUGAUGGCUGUGUGUUUUUCUUUGGGACUUACUUUUUUUUCAUGAACUCUUCUAUAGAGAACAAUGGAAAGAUGUCUGGGAACUGGAGUUUUGGAACAAUGAUUUUUACUGUGUUGGUGUUCACCGUCACUCUAAAGCUGGCAUUAGACACUCGGUUCUGGACGUGGGUUACCCACUUUGUCAUUUGGGGUUCUUUGGUCUUCUAUGUGUUUUUCUCAUUCUUCUGGGGAGGAAUCAUUUGGCCUUUCUUGAAGCAACAAAGAAUGUAUCAUGUCUUUGCCCAGCUGCUGACUUCCGUCUCAGCCUGGCUGGCAAUAUUUUGCCUGAUCUUACUUGCCCUUCUCCCCGAGGUCCUUGUCCAACUCUUUAAAAGCAUGAAGAGAAAACGCCACCAGGUAACGAGGCGCCUUCCUUCCUCGGGAACGUCUACUAUCUUCGUGCUCUCUCAAACUUCCAGCAAUCACAGCUUCUCUGAAUGAAUAAGGUGAUCUUUCUUCUCUAAUAAUUGGAAGCCCUUGAGCCACUUAGCUGCUUUACUUUCUCUCUACACAUAUAACCUCCUUGAUAAUGUGUGUGUGCGUGCGUGUCUUGCCUUUGCUUUUUGCCUUUGCCUUGUAUUUCUGCUUUUCACUGUGCAUUGCUUCCUCUUGUCGUUCCAUCUCUCCCCUUCUCCAAAGGCACCCCACUCUCCCACCUCCCCAAUAGCCCAGCUGUCUUUGUGCCUGACAAGACUCUGAAGCUGACUGCUUGGAGAUAGAAGCCAAAUGUGACAGAAACAAAUAUACCAUGAAAUCCCCUGAAACGAGAGGUAAUCAGACAAAAUAAAAAUAAUUAAGGAGCUAAGGAUAUCAGAAAACUAAUAGUAACGACUGAUGAAAAGAAAUAAUUAACGAAAAUAAUCAGAGCCUUAACAGGAUGCCGGCUACAACCUUGUUUCACUGUGAUUAACAGUUUCCUCAGAAGGAAAUUGAAAGCAAUGUAUUUUCAAUAAACAUCAUUCAAAAAUAAAGAAUAAGAAAACAGUCUUUGCCAAACAUUAGGUCAUGGAGCUCUCGCAAUCCAGACUUUGAGUUUUUCAGAAAGCUAUAUAUAGCUUAAUUUGAACCCCUUUUUGCCUGCGUCUUAGGCCUAGAAUAUGCAAAACCAGUGCUUCCUUAUUCCUUAUUUAUUUAUUCCUUAGUUCCUUAAAUAUUUUUAUCUUAUCCGAUCACCUCUCGUUUCAGGGAAUUUCACGGUAUUUUUGUUUCUGUCACAUUUGGCUUCUGUUUACGUAUGUUGCCGUGACUGCCUUUUCUGCUACUGACUGCUUGGAGAUAGCAGCCGCCAGCAUUGACCAGCUUGUGUGAUUGAACCAUCCAUGGAAGAGCCAGUGGUGGUGUAAUGGUUAGGGUAUUAGACUUGCAUUCAAUCCCCCCCCCAGCCAGGAAGCUCACUGGAUGACCUUGGGCCGGUAAUCAGUAUCACCAACUUCAUAAUCGACAUCAAUUUUAUUUCCCCUGACGGGACUCAAGGCACUUUACACAUAAAGUCACCACCUAUCAGCCUAGCAGUUGCUGACCAUAGUGCUGAUCAUGUCAAGUUUGCAGGUUUGAUCCCUGUAUGUGCCAGCUGCAUAUUCCUGCAUUGCAGGGGGUUGGACUAGAUGAUACCUCAGGGUCCCUUCCAACUCCACAAUUCUACGGUUUUACAUUGCAGGGUUGGUGGGUUGAGGAUAGCGUGGAGAUAACAGAGGCAAAUGUGUCCCCUUGAGCUCCUUGGAGGAAAUACAAAAACUAAAGUAAAUACCAUAGAUAGGACCAUUACCCCUGCCUGACCAUUACCCCUGCCUGUCCGGUGUUUUCUCCUUCUCCCUACCUCCACCCUCCCUCUUCGGUGGAGUCGGAUCACCCUGGUAGGCUUCCAGGUGGCCCUUUCAACUCUGGGGCGGAAGAUAAUGUGAAGGUACCAUUUCAGAUUGAAGGUGGGGAAACACUUUUUUUUUUAAAAAAGAACAAUUUGCAUUACUGUAGUUUGUUGUUGGCAUGGGUCUGUCUCAAGAGACAGUGGAGCGCACCUCCGGCGUGUGUGUGUGAAGUCAGACCACUGCAGAAGCACAGCGUCUGCCAGUAACCCAUAACUGCUGCCUCCCAUGUUGUUUCUGCUGCACUAGCAUCACCAGAGUUACCUCCCUGAGGUGCAAGCCUGAGCAGUGUGCAUGGAGGCCCUGGGCUGCCCAAGCAACAAGACCCGCCUCCCUCUCAGCCUCCCUGAUGUGGUCCAGAGAAAAAGCAGAGCAAGACAUUUGGCACCAGCUUGGCUGCAGAAGUUGCCAGAAGGAGGUGUACAAGGUGCCAUCCGACCAUCUUAGGGUCUUCACUCUGGAUUUGUGUAGGGCUUACUCCUUAGCUUUUUCUUCUCCCAAAGAUAUCCCACAAGGCAGCAGAGGUUUAGGAUCAAGAGUUUUCCUUCUCAGAUUGAUGAGUUAGUCCCUAUCUCACAUCAGCUGCCCUCGCCUGGUUUUGCUGGCCAGUCGAAGUCAUUCCCAGUGUGUGGACACUGUCAUGUGCUGACAACUUCUAGGAACCCAAAAUAUUAUUAUUAUUAUUAUUAUUAUUAUUAUUAUUAUUAUUAUUAUUAUUUUAUUUGUACUCCACCCUCCCUGGCCACAGCCAGGCUCAGGGCAGCUAACAUGAAACUAAGACAGUAUACAAAGAACAUAAGAACAUAAAAACAGGCAAUCAGUUAGUUAAAAUACAUCUUAAAAUUAGUUCAGAGCAAAUUAAAAUCUGGACAGAUGGAAUUCCAUGAGUAAAAUUGAGCAGAGAGGGGAUGAACUACCCCGGAAGGAGCUUGACAUGUUCCCCCACCAGAGGUACAACCCCUCCCCUAACCCCCCAUUUACUUUAGUGCUGUUAGCUUAAUUCCUAGACUGCCCUUCAUCUGAUGAUUGCAGGGCUGGAUUGCGCAGUAUUCAAAAUCCUAACAAAAAUAAAUGUAUGUAAGCUAUUAAAAUGCCACCCAUAGCUCCAUAACACAGUUCCAUACAGGGAACCAGGCAGGGGGCCCCUCUCAGUAGUGGUGCCCGCCCUGUGGAAUGCCCUCCCAUCAGAUGUCAAGGAAAUAAACAACUAUCUGACUUUUAGAAGACAUCUGAAGGCAGCCCUGUUUCAGGAAGUUUUUAAUGUUUGAAGUUUUAUUCUAUUUUUAGUGUUCUGUUGGUAGCCACCCAGAUGGGCAGGGUAUAAAUAAUAAAAUUAUUAUUAUUACUAUUAUUAUUAUUAUUACUACUACUACUACUCAGUUUUGUUAAAGGCUGGUCAGGAAGCUGCAAGAUAAUUGAAAAUGCAGCCGCUAAGCCACUUACUGGGGCAGCCUAUCAGUCAUGUAUUGCAACACUCUUAAAGGAAUUGACACUGAUUGUAGAUAAGCUACUGGGCCAGGUGUUGGCCUAUAAUGUCUUAGUUUAUGUACCACUUCAGGUAUCAUUGCUGUUCAUCAGGUGUGGAGGGACCUUCAGCUCAUGGGCUAGACUUGGGUCACCAGGCCUCCCCAUUUGGCCUAUGAGACAGUUUCCCCCUAAACCACACUUGUGUCAGAUGUUGGGCUGGUAAAGACGCAGCUUCAUAAAGCAGGGAAAAAAAAUUCCUGCAUGUCUGCUGAAGUUUCAUUUCAGGUGAGCUAAUGAAUGCCUGCUGGGAACUGGCUGGCUCAGCCAAGCCCUGCACAGAGCAGGACUGAACACACAGGGAGUUCAAACCUGCUUGAGCAACAUCUCCCCCACCCCUUUGACAGUUGGGUGGUCCCACCUGUCAAAGUUACCCCAACAGGGUGCGGAAGAUGAAUACCUAGCCCCCUGGGCAAAAAAGGGGAUGGAGGUCUCCACCAUCACAAUUACUUGGUUGGGCCUUCUUGUCAUGCCGAAGCCUAUGGGAAUAUAGCCAGCGGUUGCUAGAGGGAGGGCCUUUUCUGUGGUGGCCCCUGUACGGUGGGACAGCUUUUCCCCUAAGCUUAGGCUAGUGCUCGCAUUAAUGAUGCUUCGGCACCUUUUCAAAAUGCACUUAAGACAGGAGCAAAGUGCAAUAUAUAGACAUGAACCUUUUUGCUGAGCUGGAAUGGGCAGCCGCAAGACUCUGCAGCAGUAAAACUUCCAACACAUUAGCAAAGCUAAGCAGGGUCCGGUAUGGUUUCAAAUUGGAUUGCAGGGGGUUGAGCUAGAUGGCUAUCAGGGUCCCUUCCACCUCUAUGAUUCUAUAGGUGGCUGGUGGCCUAUACAUUUUACGAGGCCUGGCCAAUCCAGAGGCUUCAUACCUCCGGGUGAUAAUGGGGGCCAGUGUUGCACCCUGCCAUUCCCUCCUAUCCAUCAAGGAUAGGACACAGAGACUCCUGGUUAAUUUACCAGGCAGGUCCUGCAGAAGAUGGAGCUCAGAAUCAGGCCUCUCAGGUGGGGGGUAGCAGGUAGUCGUUAUUGAAGGCAUGUAAGCUGUUUCUUCCCCACACUCUGAUUGGAGCAGAAAGCCAAUAGGGUGGGACUUUCUUUCUCUGUUUGCUGCAUUGGGUGGAGUUGUGAAAAUGAACAGUGUGCAUCUCAGUUGAUAUCUGGGAAGGAGAUCCCUUCCCCCUCCACAAACUGGCCACUUUUCUCACAGUGAGUUGUGUGCUGUCUCCCC